AUGGCCUCGAGAAACCCCUCCACAUGGGACGAGUACGAACGGGGCGCAUCCCCUCAGCGCUCCGUGAGCAUCGACUCCAACGCCGUCGCUGAGGACCAGUCGCUCCUGGGAGAGGACGACGAGGGUGGCUACGGCGCCGGUUCUCAUGGGCUUCGCCGCAGAAGGUCUUCAGUAACGCGACACCUCGCCGCCAUUACAGACAUUGGCGGCGUCAACAGUAUUCGCUCCUUCACUCGAAGUUGGGCGCGUGCGGCGGGCUUUGCCGAGGUCUUGCCCCAACGACCAUCCUUCGUCUUCGCGCCCGAUCAGGUUCCCAUUGCCUCGGGGUCGAACGAGGCGCUCGACUACUCCCGAAGCCAUGUCGAGUCGGGCUCCCACCCGCGAACCUCGCUGCUCCGACAGCACCUCGAGGCUACACCCGAGACGGGGCCGAGCACCUCACACCAGAAUGGCUCUUCCGCUUCACUUGUGGACGACGGCUCGGUCCAGAACGACUUCCGCGACAGAGAGCGCAAGGCGGUCGAGGCGGAGAUGUCGGGCGCUGUCUACAGCGGCUCGAGCUUCGGUAGUGGCCGCCGUCCCUCGCAGUCCAUCUUCGCAGUCCCGCCCCAUUUGGCGACUCCGCCGCUGGUUGGCAGCUACAGCUCGUACAGAACGUAUGGCACCAUAGAGGAUGUUGACUCGCCGUCAAUGGCCCAGGCCGGCGAGCUGUGGCGUCAGCAACAAGAGGCAGGGGGCAACGUACCCGACGGAGAGAACAUGCCCAUUCUCGUGAAGGAGGUUGAGCAGGACGGAAAGAUCAUCUUGACUGUGGAAGGACAGUCCACGCUUCCUCAAACCAUCUUCAAUUCGAUCAACGUUCUAAUCGGCGUCGGUCUCUUGAGUUUGCCGAUGGGUAUUAAGUAUGCCGGGUGGAUUUGCGGCAUGACCAUCCUGGCCGGUUCCGCGGCCGUAACCGCCUACACGGCGAAGCUUCUGGCCAAAUGCAUGGAUCUUGACGCCAGCUUGAUUACCUUCUCCGAUCUAGCCUACAUCUCGUACGGACGCAACGCGCGCAUUGCCACCAGCAUUCUCUUCACUCUCGAGCUGUUGGCUGCCUGUGUCGCCCUCAUCGUUCUCUUCGCCGAUUCUCUGACCCUGCUGUUCCCGGGUUUCUUGAGCGUAAACACCUGGAAGCUGAUAUGCUCCGUCAUCAUGAUCCCUCUCAACUUCCUCCCCCUCCGGUUGUUGAGUUUUACCAGCGUCAUUGGCAUUGUGUGCUGUUUCAGCAGUAAGUACAGUCGCAUGUCUGUGUUGGGAUCUGGGCUGAUGUAUCGGGUAGUUGUGGCGAUUUUGGUGAUUGAUGGACUCAUCAAACCGACAACACCUGGCUCGCUCAUCGAGCCAGCCACGACGUAUCUGUUCCCGGCGAACUGGGGCACAUUGCCGUUGAGUUUCGGCCUGCUCAUGAGCCCCUGGGGUGGCCACAGCGUAUUCCCCAACAUCUACAGAGAUAUGCGCCAUCCUCACAAGUACCCUCGGGCCGUAAAGACGGUCUUCACGUCCGUGUACCUUCUCGACGCCUUCACGGCCGUUGUGGGUCUCCUCAUGUAUGGUGACAACGUCAUGGAUGAGAUCACAGCCAACAUCCUCCAGACGAGCGGGUAUCCACGUGCGCUCAACUUCUUGUUGUGCGUUUUUAUUGCCAUCAUUCCUCUGACCAAGAUCCCGCUCAACGCCAGACCGAUCGUUGCGACUCUGGAGGUGUUGACUGGCAUCCACCAGCAGGCUGUUGCCGACAGCUCAGCCAUGGUCGGCCGCUCCGCCACCUUCAGAGGCAUCAUGAAGGUAGCCAUCAGAGUCGUGACCGUCUUGGUCUUCCUCGUCAUCUCCAUUUUGUUCCCAGCCUUCGACAGCAUCAUGGCGUUUAUGGGCAGUGCCUUGUGCUUCACCAUUUGCGUGCUUUUGCCUCUUGCGUUUUACGUAAAGCUAUUCAGCAAGGAGAUCACUCCGCAGGAAAAGCUCCUUUGCUACGUCCUGAUGACCAUUUCAACGAUCCUGUCCGUGGUGGGUACGGUCUGGGCUUUCCUGCCGAAGAGUCUCAUCGGCGCAGAAUGA